GAUCCCUCGGCAAGCAAUCGCACAGACGACAGGCAAUCAAACGUCUCCAUUCGUCGGUGAGUGUCUGCCAGAGUGGAGAAGAACGUUCCGAAAAUUCGUAUUUGUUGUUUAAUUGAUAAAUAAAACAAUGAACCAGACCAUAGGGAGUCGCCAGGCUCUCCAGGAGCAUGUCCUGGCAGUCUCCCGGGAUUUUAUCUCACAGCCGAGGCUCACUUACAAGACAGUAUCUGGUGUCAACGGACCCCUGGUAAUCCUCGACGAAGUUAAAUUCCCAAAAUACGCCGAAAUUGUCCAGUUGAAGCUCGCCGAUGGCUCCAUCCGUUCGGGUCAGGUACUCGAGGUGUCUGGCUCAAAAGCUGUUGUCCAGGUAUUCGAGGGUACCUCUGGGAUCGACGCAAAGAAUACUCUUUGCGAGUUCACAGGCGAUAUCCUGAGAACUCCGGUAUCCGAGGACAUGCUCGGUCGUGUGUUCAACGGAUCAGGGAAGCCCAUUGACAAGGGUCCCCCCAUUCUCGCUGAAGACUUCCUGGACAUCGAUGGCCAGCCUAUUAACCCCUGGUCCCGUAUUUACCCAGAGGAGAUGAUCCAAACUGGUAUUUCUGCAAUUGACGUCAUGAACACGAUCGCCAGGGGACAGAAAAUCCCCAUUUUCUCGGCUGCUGGUCUUCCUCACAACGAAAUUGCAGCCCAAAUUUGUCGUCAAGCAGGUCUCGUAAAAGUCCCUGGCAAAUCCGUCCUGGACUCCCACGAGGACAAUUUUGCCAUUGUCUUUGCAGCUAUGGGUGUGAACAUGGAGACAGCCCGUUUCUUCAAGCAGGACUUCGAGGAGAAUGGCUCGAUGGAGAACGUCUGUCUCUUCCUGAAUCUCGCCAACGAUCCCACCAUCGAGCGCAUCAUUACGCCGCGUCUAGCCCUGACAGCAGCUGAGUUCCUGGCCUACCAAUGCGAGAAGCACGUCCUCGUCAUUCUAACGGAUAUGUCCUCGUAUGCUGAGGCUCUUCGUGAGGUAUCAGCUGCCCGUGAGGAGGUGCCGGGACGUCGUGGUUUCCCAGGUUACAUGUACACCGAUUUGGCCACUAUCUAUGAGCGAGCUGGACGUGUUGAGGGCCGCAAUGGCUCCAUCACUCAAAUACCCAUUCUCACUAUGCCCAAUGAUGACAUCACUCAUCCCAUUCCUGAUCUUACUGGAUACAUCACUGAGGGACAGAUUUAUGUUGAUCGUCAGCUCCAUAACAGACAGAUUUAUCCACCUGUCAAUGUAUUACCUUCGCUGUCACGUCUCAUGAAGUCAGCUAUUGGGGAGGGCAUGACGAGGAAGGAUCACUCUGAUGUUUCUAAUCAGUUGUACGCUUGCUACGCCAUUGGCAAGGACGUCCAAGCAAUGAAGGCUGUGGUAGGUGAGGAGGCCCUCACACCGGACGAUCUCCUUUACCUGGAGUUCCUUUCGAAAUUCGAAAAGAACUUCAUUUCUCAAGGCAGCUAUGAGAAUCGCACUGUCUUCGAGUCACUUGAUAUUGGCUGGCAGUUGCUUCGUAUCUUCCCCAAGGAGAUGCUCAAACGUAUUCCCGCUAGCACCCUGGCUGAAUUCUACCCCAGGGAUUCGCGUCAUUAAGUCAGGGAGGAACAAUAAUUUUAUUGAAAAUUUAAUAUCUUUUUUCCAAGUGUUACGUUUGAAUGAGCUAUUACGAUGGCAUACCCGCAUGAUCCUCGAUUGGUCUUGUGCUCUCAAUCAUCUCUGACAAUUGACAUUGAUAGUGAUAUUUAUAUCGGCAUAGAGCAGACCAGUUGGUUGUAUCGAUAAAUUUCAAGUGAAUUAAAUGUAAUAAAUUACUUAUAAAUAUGAGAGUCAUCCUGAUUACCGUCGGACGUUGGGUCGUGCAAAGUUUAAAGAUAAAAGUGCAUAAAGAGUUCGUCAUUUCACUGACUAGAGACAAUAUUCAGAAUAUUUACCAAAAUUCGAGGAAAAACAAAUACUUUUUGUUUUUCAUUCGUUGGAUCAUCAGGAAUUUUAUUGAAAUCAUGUAAAUUGUAAUAUAUUGUUAAGUAUUAUCAUAAGAAAAAUAAAUCAGCCCUCGGGGGUGUGCACACAUUCCAAAAGUUGAGGAUUUCCUCCCGUAAAAAAAAUAAAUCUAUCUGAAGGGCGGCAUUAUCCUGCUUUUUACUGCACAGUGAAAAUAAGGGUUGUCUUUAUGGUAAUGCUUUCACAUAAGUGAAUAAAACAAAAAAAAAACCUCUAAACAACACUGAAAGUUUAUUUAGGGUUUUACGUUUUCUCGUGACGUUUGACUAUCAUUUCAACGAUUGAUCGGAUUUUUUUUUCUGUAAUGUUUAGAACAGUGUAUGUAUUAUAACUGUAAAGAAAUUAUUCGUUGAAUGUAA